UUUAAAUGCACUUUUGGAUGUAUACGUGCUCCCCGAGGGGCUGGCUUUAGGAACAGAGGGUAAGUCGACUGUGCUUGUAAAUUUUGAAAAUUUUAAGGUUCAAAAGUACUUCAUGUGAGUCAACAAUUAUGGUACGGCGUACAUCCGACGGAUACAAAAUAACAAAUUACCAAACUGUGCAUAACCAUCCAUGCACAGCAAGUUUCAUGUCCACCGAUGUAUCUAGACGUCGGCUAUCAUCUGAAGAAAUGACAGUUGUACAACCGUUCAUUGAAAGGAACACUGAUGUCCAUGAAGUCAUGGAUUUUGCGCAUGAGAAAUUCAGCAAAGUGCUCCUGUAUAAUGAUAUUAAAAACAUGCGAGCUAUGAUGAAUAAACGUAAGUCGUAUCAAAAUAAAUGGGACAGUAGAGUAGAAAUCGGUAGUUUAGAAGACCUUCUUCAUCGACUGAGGCAGACAGGUCCAGUUAGUGUUCUGCAGGACAAUGCAGACUUUGUAUCGAAAAUUAUUUUCGCGCGUAAUGAUAUGAUAGACCUCUAUCAUAAGUUUCCAGAAGUAGUUGGAAUUGAUUCUACCUAUAAAACGAAUAAGAUGGGAUGGCCUUUAUAUCAGUUUGUUGUGACUGAUGGAUUCGGAAGAGGAAGGACUGUUUUGUUUGCUGUUACUAGGAGGGAACGGUUUGCAGAUAUGAAGGAGAUAUUGCAAACGUUUAAGGGAUUUAUGGGUGAUAUAUCGAAAACACAAACAUUCACUGUCGACUGUGCAACUGCACAGAUCAAAGCUAUAAAGGAGGAAUUCCCCAGGUGCAGCAUUAUUUUAUGUCUUUUCCAUGUAUGCCAGGCAUUCAGAAGGAGGUUCCCAAAUCAACGUGUUAAAAAAUGGUUGUAUCGAAUGGCGCACACGCGCAGUUAUGACAGGUAGGUUAACAAAUCACAAUUUAUUGCCGAAGGUUUUGGAAUUACCUCAACCUCAUAAGUAUUAUAGACGCCGAGGCUGGUGCUUACGUUAGAAGGUACUGGCUAAGGACACGGAAAUAUUGGGCCGCAUCAUGCAACCGGUUCACCAUCAGUAUGGGGAACAAUACUAACAACAGAGUGGAGAACGCUCAUAGGCAGUUGAAAAGGUAUUUACGUAAAGGUGAUCCGCUGGAACUGACACUAUGGAAAAUAUGGAGGUGGAUUGACCACACAACCAUACGUAAAAUACAUCAAGGCCAGUGGAUGCUUCGUAAAUACUACAAUUACGAUGUAAGUUUCAAGAUAAUUUACGAUUUCUCCUAGGUGCAAACUUCACUGCAGUCUAAAUUACGGUGUCUCACUCCGUUUGCUGCCCAGAAAGUUGUCUUAGACUUGCAAAGGCGCAUGUUCUUCUUUCUUUCAAUAUCUUCCACCGCAGUCAAUUACGCAGAAGGAAGUCACAUCUUCUUCGUAAACAGAAAUGAGGCGAAAUGCACAUGUUGGACAUACUGUGCAUACAAUUUGCCAUGUGCACAUGUCGUUGAGGCGUUCUUAAACUCAUAUCUAAACUGUGGUAUGUUCCAUUUCUUUAAAUGUUACUCUUAGAUAUUCUGAGAAAUAGUGAGAGGUGGACACGUCUAUAUAACACAGAGGACAACAUUCCGCGAGCCAUCCGCAUAGCACCUGAACCAAACAACGCGUUCCGAAAUGCUUAUGAACGUCUCAGAUGUCGUCUCAUCCGUCUGAACCAAAGAAAUCCAAAUGGUACACUGCAGAAAAUAGACGAGGUCAUUAGAAAUUUAGACGAUAUGCUAACAAAUGAUCCACAAACAACUUUAAGAUUACGGCGUGCCCCUGUUAAUCGAUUAUUCUUGUGAAAAUGUUUGUACUAACUUAUUGUUUCCAUUUGUAUCCAUAAUAAAAACAUGUAUAUCUACAAUGCUGUUACACUUUCUUUCCCUUCAAAUGC